UGUGUGGUCUAUAUAUAAAUCUGAAACAAUUCAUCUCAAAACCUUCACUCUCUCUCUCUCUCAUGUCUUCUCUAUCUUUACCUCUGUGUUUAAAUCCUCAAUUCACAAACAAACCUCACACUAAUAACUUAAUCUCACCAUACACUUACAGAAAUUCAUUUCAGUCUAUCCCUAAAUCUUAUAUAUGCUUCGCCUUUUCGGCUUCGGAGAACUCGAGUUUCGAGAGAGAAGAGGCGCGGUGGCUGCGCGAAGAGCAGCGGUGGUUACGAGAGGAGCAGAGAUGGAUACGUGAAGAAUCGCGGUGGAGGAGCGAGAGAGAGGCGUUAUUAGGCGAAAUUGAAACCCUAAGGGGCAAAAUUGAGGAAUUGGAGGAUAUGAAGGAUAGAAAUUUGAAUGUAGGAGGAGUUUUGCAGGUGUUGAGGAAUGAGGUGAGUCAGAUUGCGGAGAGAGGAUCGAGUGCUGCGCGGUUAGUUGUGGAGAGUUUGGAGAGGGAAGGUGAGGUGGAGGCUGAAGCGGAGGAUGAGGUUGAGGAGGAGGUGGAAAUUAAGGAGGUAGUUAGAGUUUUCGAGAAGGAAAAGGUGAGAAAUGAUGAGGUGAAGAAGAAGAGGAUUAUGUUGAGGAAAGGAUCGGAAGGGGAAGAUGUUCGAAUUAUGCAGGAAGCACUGCAAAAGCUGGGAUUUUAUUGUGGCGAAGAAGACGAAGAAUAUUCCAUGUUCUCAAGUGGGACUGAACGUGCCAUAAAAACUUGGCAAGCGACAUUACGAAUUCCUGAAGAUGGGAUCAUGACUGCAGAGCUUCUGGAAAGGUUAUAUGCAGAGCAGGAAAAUGAUGUUUCUGGGUUGACAGAAAAGGCAGAUGUUAAAAGAACGGAUAUGGCCACUGUGAAAAAGGCCUCAAAUGGAGCAGCUGCAAGUCACAUUCAAGUCCCAGAUAUUCAGAAGAGAGAUGCCAAAGAAAAUGGUGCUGCAGAAACUAAAGUACCUCACAGUCGAGUCUUUCUUCUUGGAGAAAACCGGUGGGAAGAUUCUUCAAGGCUUAUUGGAAGAAACAAGCAAGAUGGAGGCAGCAGUAUCAACAAAGAUGCUACAAGAUGCAUUUCUUGUCGUGGGGAGGGCCGGCUAUUGUGCUCAGAAUGUGAUGGUACUGGCGAGCCUAAUAUUGAGGAACAGUUUAUGGAAUGGGUAGAUGAAGGAGCAAAGUGUCCGUAUUGUAAUGGGGUUGGUUUCGAAAUAUGUGAUGUAUGCCACGGGAAAACGGUGACUUAGGCAUUCCUGUUAUCGAAGAUUUUUCUACAACAGGGCAAAUGUGGGUUAUGUACUCAUCUCGUCGAAGAUGUACUACCACAAGCUCAGAGUUAGAGCUAAUUAAGCACAAAGAAGCUGCAAAAACGCUUCAUGUGAAACGCAUUUUGGGAAAGCUAUAUAGGAAUGCGCAAAUGAAGGGUGGAGUUUGAGAAUAGUGUUCUGCAUGGUUUCAAGAAUGGAGUUCUGUAUCUUAAUGUAAUAUAGGCGUUCUCAAUAAAUACUUCUCCGUAGAUUUCCGCAAAGCAUAUUGUUAAUUUGUUAUCCCCGCACUUCUUUAUGGAAUCGAUCUCAAAGAUUUCAUUUGUUUAGGUAAGAAAUAAUUUGGUUUUGGAAAAUAAAGUUAAGUUCAAUGGAGACCACAUUUUUUUUGGA